AUGCCUUCACGUGCAAAAAAGAUUCUUUCGCCCAUACCUGUCGUUCCAAAUACUGAACAAAGUGUGACAGAUAUGAUUAGACAGAGUCAAUCGGUAUUUUCUUCAUCGGAUCAAGACGCGAUUCGAUCAUUAUGUGAACAAUUAGUUAAUUUGUUGAUUGUUUCGUCUUCAUCGGAUCCGCCUAAUACAUCGUUGAGAAAAUGCGUUGUGAAAGGCUUUUCUCAUUUACGAGAGGAACAGUAUGAAAACGUACUUGAUGAGUGUACGAAACAUUUACGUGAAUUCUUCAAUCGCCAAGGCAAAGAACAUCGUCUUGAAUAUAUUUCGAUGUUGAAUUAUUUAAUCGAGAAUUUUCCAUUUGGUUUGGCUUGUAUUUUGAGAAUGAAAAGUACAAUUUCCAAUCAGUUGAUUAUCAUUGGCGAAGAACUCUGGUCGGACAUUCAAUCGACCAACGUUCCUCAUCAACGAUUCAAUCUGUUUCAACAACUUCAAUACUAUUUAAAAGUAGUCGUUUUUCUUCUUCCAAAAUUUCAACAAGAACUGGAACGAGAUGGAAUCAUUUCUCGGAUUAUUCAUGAAAUGCUAAACGAUGAGAAUACAGUGACAUUAGAAAUUCGUUUGACUUGCUCACUGGUUUGGCAUCUUUUGAAAGACAACGAUCAACUAUCACCACAUGAAAAAUUGAAUCGCAUGACAGAAGUCACUGAAGUAACUUUGUCUCGACUAGCGUUGUACUUUGGUUUGAUCAAAACAACAAUGACAAACGAGCUGCGCGAUACGAGCUUCUUUCUUCAAUUGUUGGAAGAUAUUCUUGCUUUCAAAACACGUGAGGCAACAAUCAUGGUUGGAAUAUCCAAAGCAUUGGAAACAUAUUCAGAAGCAUUGACUUCAACAUGGACUGGUCUCGAUGCAGCGUCAUUGAAAGAUAUUGCAAAACAAUUGUUAACUUUUGCUUGGGAUCAUUUUAGCUACAAUGUUGAAACGGUUCGACAUUGUUCAGCAAAUAUCUAUUCGAAUACGUUCAAGAUAACUAUGAAUCAUAGUGAACUUCGUCAAACAAUAAUCGAUUCCCAACUAACACUAUUAAAACAGCUUCCGUGGCAAAAAGAUGGUUGUUCAUUAGCUUAUCAUACAUUACUCGAAUACUUGUCGGUUAGUGAUAUCCUUCAAUGGAAUCCCAAAUUACCCGAUUCAUGUUUAAUGGCAAUGAACGAUCGAGGAUUAGCAUCAGAGGCGAGUUAUCUGUAUUGUGUCCUUUGUCAUAAACAUUAUGAAGAAGAAAAAGUCAAAGAUAAAUGGAAACAAAUUUGGCUAAAACCGGUAGUUCAAGCAUUGGAUACAUCAUCGCCAUUGCAUCGAUUUCUCAUUGCUGAAUAUAUUCUACCGAAAAUUUUCAAAGCUCAUCCGGAUUGCUUACAGGAUUUCAAAGAAAUUACAAUGAAUCCUCGAACAGUAAUUGUUUGUACUCGUAUUGGUCGAACUCUGGGUUUAUGUCCGAACAUCUUUUCAUUAACAUCGCAAUCUGCAAAUGAACACGAACUGAUUCGUCAAGGAAUUACAAGUGAAGACGAACAAAUUUGUCUUGAUUGUCUGUUUAUUCUUUGUGAAAACCCGAAAACAACCGAAUCCAUCAACGAAAUCGAAUUUCAAUUGAUCAAAUACUUUCUUCAAAUGAACAUCGACAACGGCACAACUUCAUUCAGAAAUCAAUCGAUUUCAUUGCUUAAGAAACACUUCAUUCGUAUAAAAGACAGUUGGUUGUUAUGCGCAAGGCAAAAACUGAAAAGCAACGCUCAAGAUUUCGAUAAUCUCACAAAACGAUAUCGAACUCACUUGAAAUGGUUGAUAAAUUGGUGUUGUUCUAAUUUAUAUUUGGAAGGAUCCUAUGCUCAACGUCAUUUAGCUAUUUUAACUUUACAUUGGCUAAUUCAUUUACAUGGAUCUGAUGGAAUUCAAACAGUUUGUCAAAAACUAAAACUCUACGAUUUUCAAGAACUACUUGAUGAAAAUUCCAUGGAAUUUUUGUUUAAUUGCUUAUGGGACACGUAUGAAGACAUUCGGCAAUAUUGUUUGGAGAUUUUAAUUAAGUUGAACGUUGCCACGUGUAGAAACAUUGACCUUCGCGUUGAAAUCUUGUUCGAUCGUGUUCUACAGUUAUUAUCCAGUACACAACCGCCUGAAACAGCAAGCGGCUCGACGCUCGUACAAUGUAUUGCACAAGUAAACCUGAAAAAGCUGCCAGAACUAGUAGGUCAUGAUCGAAAUAAACAAGAAGAUCAAGUUUAUCUCCUGAUAAAUCACAUCACGAAAAGAUUAGACAAUGAAGUGAAACAAGCGAAAAUCAAUUUGUAUCAAGCAGCAAAAAACGGACCCAUGUACGGAUGUUUAAGUGGAAUCAAUGCAUUGUUAACGAUUGUGCAAUCUGAUAAAUACGAGAGUCAAGAAGAUAUUGGUCCAUGGCGUUCACUGUUUGCUCAUUUGAUCGAUCUAUGCUUAGAAAUUGCAUCGAUCACUGGCCCAAUUGUUAGUUCAUCAUCACCGGAAGGAAUGAUGCCUAUGGAACUAACUGAUAUCAGUGAUAAAGUUGAAGGUGAAAAUCUUAACGGUCAAGUUACUUCGCAGAUGUUAUUAGUAUGUUGUUGGAGAACAAUCAAAGAGAUAUCGCUAUUGUUCAGCCGAUUGGGACUACUUGGAAUAAAAUUCAUUCAAAAUAAAGAUCAAUACAAAUUUAUUAGUUUAAAUCAGGUUCACACUAUAUGUAAUUAUUUCAUGGAACAAUUACUAAAGUCACGGCAUUGUGGUGCAUAUGAACUAGCGUAUACAGGCUUUGUGAUCAUGUGCGAACAACUAUGGAGUUCGAAUUGCAGUGAACUAUGUAAUUUACCGAUCGAAUGGAUUGAGAAUGGAAUCAAAAUGGUUGAAGAAAAUACUCUCGAUCGAAAUAAAUUGUGUUUAACGCGACGGUCAGGUGGUUUACCGUUUUAUCUUCAAUCGAUAUUAACUGAUGAACCGAUUAAACAACGAGGACAACAACGAACGUAUGUCGCAAAAUUAAUGGAAACUCUACUAAAUAUCAUUCAAAACGACCCGGAUACAAUCGACGUCGAUGGAGAAAAGUUAGAAAACAGUCGAAAGAUUCAUGCGUACAAUACCGCACGUUCAUUUUACCGUAAUCAACGAUUUGCUAAUGAUGUUUUACCGUACAUCGAACGUGGUCUUCUCUUGUCGAUUACUGGUUUUACAUCAUCGAUCUGGAUGAUACGAAAUAGUGCUACACUACUUCUGUCAACUAUCGUUCAACGUAUAUUCGGUCCAUCGAAAACUAAAGAUGGUGAAGAUAACUUAUCGAAAAAGAAUAGUAUGACUUCAAGAGAAUUUUUCAAUAAGUAUCCAUCAUUAUUUCAUCUGUUCUAUCAACAAUUGCAACAAACAACGAGUACUCGUUCAUCGAUUGAAUCAUUGUCAUCUUCAAGUUUAUUUGCAAUUUUAUUAAUUCUUCGUCGACUCUAUCCGAGUCCAUUAGAUGGUAUUGAUUGUUCAUUAACACUCGAUAAACUUUUACCAUUUGUGAUCAAGUGUGAAGAAUCUCCACUACUGCGUAUACGUGAACAUUCAUCGAAAGCACUCUUAGCUUUGAUCAAUCAUGAUCAAUAUUCCAGUAUUAUCCAUGAACGNUAUCCGAGUCCAUUAGAUGGUAUUGAUUGUUCAUUAACACUCGAUAAACUUUUACCAUUUGUGAUCAAGUGUGAAGAAUCUCCACUACUGCGUAUACGUGAACAUUCAUCGAAAGCACUCUUAGCUUUGAUCAAUCAUGAUCAAUAUUCCAGUAUUAUCCAUGAACGACUGAAACAAUUAAUGAAAGGAAAAGUUCGACAAAAUACACUCCACGGUCGUUUACUUCAAGUCAAUGCCAUCUUUCAAUCGAUGAAAAAACAUCAUCUUCAGUUCAAGUUCGAACCGAAUUUCAGUGUACAAGAAAUGCUUUCUUCAUUACAAUGGUGCAUCUAUGAAAACAAUUGUUCGUUAACACAAUAUUGUUAUCUGGAAUUCCUCUACAAUAUUCAUUGUCAAAUUCCUUCAACUCAACUGACGAACAGUAUUAAUGAAUAUGUGAAUUUCAUAUUGAAAACUGGUGAUAAAGUGACCAUUGGCGGUGAUGAUUUGACUCAGAUCGUAACCCGUUUGAUAGUUCGCUUGGAAAAUGUUCCAGUUCAACUAAAACUUUUUCUUUUUGUCGAACAAACUCAGACAGAACUAUGUUUUAUUGAAACACUUCUAACAGAAAAUGAUUUAUCUCGUUUCGAGAAUAAUCUUCGACAAUGGCUCGUCGAUCUAUUGUUAACAAUGGAUUUAUUUAACGAGCAACUCUAUACCAAAGCAUGUGAAUUACUUUUGAAAAUGAUUGAUAAAGCAAACAACUACGAACGAUUAACAAGACGAAUUGUUGAAUUGAUUGAAAAUCUACGACGUCCGAUGAGUUUAGCAGCUAGUUUUAAUCUAAUUGGUGAAUUAUUACCCUUAUCGUCACCAACGAACAACAAAGAAGAUCUAAUUCAACUUGUUUACAAUCGAAUGAACGAUUUUAUUGAUGGCGAGAGUAAUGACGAAUGCGCUUGUGCUAUUCUCAAUCUCCUGAGUAAAGCACGAUCGUGUUUAUACGAUGCAUCGAACGUGGAAAGUAAAUGUCGAUAUUGGAGAUUGAUAUUGAAACUUUCCUCAUUUCCCUCGGAUCUCGUUCGAGAGAGAUUAACUAAACUAAUGCCCACGAUAUUGAACGAUCAACGUCUUUCUGGUGUGUUUGGUGCUAACUGCUAUUUAGCACAAAAUGUUCUCUUUGAACAUUUUACAAAAGAUGCGUUAUCCGAUGUUUCAAGUGAUUUAUUUGUUAACCUUAUUGUUGAAUUAUUUACUGAUUUACUAAAUGAUAUCCAUUCCAGUGAUGAUGAUAACGGUGGUGAGGAAGAAUUGAGUUUAGAUCGUCGUUUAUGGCCAGCAUCCGAAGGUUAUAAUAAUGUAUUCGUAUCCGAAAAUGAGACCUGUGAUCAUUAUUGUGCACGUUACGGUGAACAUUUACUUGAUUCAUUAGGACAAAUUUUAGGCAAAUCUGAAGAAGAAAACCUGAAGAAAACUAUUGCUGUGAUUCGCGAUGAUUCUAAUCGAUUGAUUGAUAUACAAUCAGAAGCAUUCAAUCGAUUUUUAGUUCGACAACGAUCGACUGUGAGAUUGAAUUUAAUGAUGAAAUUUCUCCGUGUGACCAACACAUUCCAAGAAGUUCAUCUCGAAAAAUUACCGCAACAGUGGAUUUGUGAUAAUCAAGACAAAAGAAAUUCAUUGAUUUAG